GAGCCUCUGCCGGUCGCAGUCAUGGUGCGCUGCAGUUGCGUGUUCUUCAGAAAGUAUGGAAACUUCAUUGAUAACCUAAGACUCUUCACCAGGGGAGGAAGUGGUGGAAUGGGUUACCCUCGUUUAGGUGGAGAAGGUGGAAAAGGUGGUGACGUCUGGGUUGUAGCCCAUAAAAAAAUGACUUUAAAACAACUUAAAGACAAAUAUCCUCAGAAACGGUUUGUGGCUGGAGAAGGAGCAAACAGUCGGGUUAAUGCACUAAAAGGCUCCAAAGGAAAAGACUGUGAAAUUCCUGUACCUGUGGGUAUUUCAGUAACUGAUGAAAAUGGUAAAAUUAUAGGAGAACUCAAUAAAGAGAAAGACAGAAUUUUGGUAGCUGAAGGAGGUCUUGGUGGUAAAUUCUUUACAAAUUUCUUACCAUUGAAAGGCCAGAAACGAAUAAUUCACCUUGAUCUAAAACUUAUUGCUGACGUAGGCCUAGUGGGAUUCCCCAAUGCUGGAAAAUCCUCUUUGCUAAGUCAAAUUUCUCAUGCAAAACCUGCAAUUGCAGAUUAUGCAUUUACAACAUUAAAGCCUGAACUUGGAAAGAUUAUGUAUAAAGAUUUCAAACAGAUAUUAGUAGCUGACCUUCCUGGUUUAAUAGAAGGAGCACAUGUGAACAAAGGAAUGGGCCACAAAUUCCUCAAGCAUAUAGAAAGAACUACACAACUACUGUUUGUUGUUGAUGUCUCUGGAUUUCAGCUUUCUUCUCGAACUCAAUACAGAACUGCCUUUGAAACCAUAAUACUGCUCACAAAAGAGUUGGAGUUGUACAAUGAGGAACUCCAGGCAAAGCCUGCGCUCCUGGCAGUAAAUAAAAUGGACUUGCCAGAUGCCCAAAAUAAAUUCCAUCAACUGAUGAACCAACUCCAGAAUCCUAAAGAUUUUCUGCAUUUAUUUGAAAAGAACAUGAUUCCAGAGAGGAUAAUGGAGUUUGAACAUAUCAUCCCCAUCUCUGCAAUCACAGGAGAAGGAAUUGACGAAUUAAAGAACUGUAUAAGGAAAUCUCUGAACCAAGAAAAUGAUGCAUAUCAUAAGAAACAGUUGCUUAAUUUACAGAUUUCCAAUACAUCUCACAGGGAGCCACUAUUUCAGAAUGCUCUUGCUAGUUCCAGAAUGGAUACAAUUUAAAUUUGUAAUAAAUUGUAUUCAUUUGAAAUUGUGUUCAUUUGAAAGCUUUUUCACAGACAUGUAUAUUUUAGAAUGUUAGUUAUUACUAACCUUCUGAUAUAUACGCCAUUGUUUGAGAACCAUAUAUUUUUAAGUUGUUUAUAGUUAAAUGUAUCAACAGUAAAAAUAAUUGAGAGCUAAAAAUGACAGUUUAU